AUGAGCAGGCUCAGUGGUUGGAUCCGGGGCUCGACCCCAAAGGCAACAAGCCAUGAGCCCUCCCCAGCGGCCUCGACCACUGACCUCAGGGCCGCCGAGGUCAACCAGAUGGAGGAUGCCAUGGUCAGUAUGACCAAGAUCAUGAACGACGAUAUUGAGGGCGCCGAGGUGGGCCUCAAGCAGGGCAGCUCGGCCUUUCACUCGCUCGGUCUGGGCACCACCACCUUUAUGCGCAGCGUCAUUGGUUUUGAGAAGGACAUCAUGGCCGAAGCUAGUAAGCUGCUCAAUACGUGCUCGACGCAGGCGUGGAACGAGCAGAAGAAGGCCGAGAAGAAUGGGCCGGAUUCCAGGAUUCACCCGCCCGGAAGCGAGUUUGCCCUUGUUCACGCCGAAGCGCAACUCAUGAGCGCCAUGGUUGCGGUAUUGCACGAGAGCUAUCUGGAAGCCGCCAAGGGAUUCUGGGGGCUUCGCGGUGCCUACGCCACUCUGGAGAGAAUGAUGCAGGCUGAAGAGGCAUAUUUGGCUAAGAAGGGUCUCAAAGUCGGCGGAAGCAAAGACGAACUACCGCCGCCACCUGUUGUACCUGCGUCAGAAGUCAAAAACGAAGAGCAAGACGAGGAUGCAGAUCUCGACUUUGUGGAAGCCCCCGAGAGCUUAUCAGGAACGCAGACACCCGCACAAUACAAUGGGCACUUGAGUAAGGUUAUAGACGAGACGGAAAAGAAGCUAGAAGGCUUGGCAGUCAGUGAUGGGGCACCAGUAACACCGCCCACAAGGAAAGACUCGCCAGCAUCAAUGGAAUCCCAGUCCUCAGCAGGUCUCCAGGGCCCCGAUGCUGAUGUUUUCACAGACCCCGUUGAUGUGUUUGUCCACAGUGGAGCCAACAUGUGUUUUGGCAUCUUGUUGUUGAUGCUGUCAAUGAUACCACCAUCAUUUGGAAAGCUUUUGUCAAUCAUUGGCUUCAGAGGCGAUCGCGAGCGUGGUGUCAAGAUGCUUUGGCAAAGCUCCCGCUUCGCCAACAUAAACGGCGCCGUUUCUGGUCUCGUUCUACUUGCAUACUACAAUGGCUUUCUUGGGUUCGCCGACAUUCUACCGACUGAAGAGGAGGCUGAGCAAGGGGCUAUUGUCGGAUACCCCAGGAAACGAUGCCACGAUCUUUUAUCCACCAUGGUGACGCAUUAUCCCGAUUCACGGUUAUGGCGUGUUGAAGAGGCGCGGAGUCUGUCCAACAGUCGUGACAUUGCCGGCGCGAUUGCUAUCUUGGAGAAGAACACCGACUCCAAAAUGCGACAGGUUACGGCGCUGAAUAGCUUUGAACUAUCUCUCGACUGCAUGUACAUUGGCCACUAUGAAGCCAUGCGCGACAACUUCAUUCGCUGUACUGAGCUCAACGAUUGGAGCCACUCUUUGUACUAUUUCCUGGCUGGGUGCGCCGAGUUGGAGCUGUACCGCAACGCAUUUCACGCCGAAAAGAAGGAUGAUUCACAAAUCCGAGUACACAAGGCCAAGGCAAAAGAGCUCCUGUUGAAAGCUCCCUCCCUGGCUGGCAAGAAGAAAUUCAUGUCAAAGCCACUACCAUUUGAGGAAUUCGUAAAGCGCAAGGUGCAAAAGUGGGAAAAGAGGAGUAAAGAUCUCGGAGUCGACCUUGUGGAUGCAAUCGGCGUCAGCCCGGUUCAGGAGAUGGUGUAUCUCUGGAAUGGCAUCAAGAAAAUGCAGACUUCACAGCUGGAAAGAGCUGUUGAUACUCUCAGCUGGAGUCGCCUUACCGUCCCUGUUGAGACAGCGAACAAGAUCAGAGCAGAGAGUGAUGAGAUUGCUGUUGGCGAUCUGUGCCUGGCUGCGAAUUAUAGAGCCCUAGGCCGGUUGGAUGAAGCAAAGGAACUGCUCAAGACGGUGCUUGCAAUCGAUAAAACUGCUUUUGACGGCAAGAUUCAUGACGACUGGGCACAGCCCGCAGCAGCGUAUGAGACGGCCGUGCUGGCAUGGGUUGAACUACAGAAUGCCAAUAAAAAAGACACCACCGCCUCCAUCAACGGGGAUAGCACUCAAGAUCUCGAUAUCUGGCGUCGCAAGAAGACUGAUGAGUGUCAGACCUGGCUGGAUAAGUGUGCCGGAUGGGGAAACUAUGUCUUAGACGCCAGGAUAGGUAUGCGAGUGCAAACGGGUACGGAUACACUUCGAUGGUACAAAAGGGUAAAAGGCUGGAGUUCGGAAUAG